GGUAGGUGACGGUAGAUGGCGGUAGAUGGCGCUGUCCGCGCUCCUACUGUUCUCCGCCACUGCAGGAGAAGCAGAAAUCCGGCAGCGCUAAAGCGGAAGUAAGUACGUGGCCGGACCAGCUGACGUUUCUGCACGAUGGCGACUGAGGUUCAGAGCGGCGACCUCAACGGUGGAAAUGCGAGCCGUCUCGAGGUUUCCAUCGACGGUUUGACUCUCAGCCCGGAUUCGGAGGGAGAAGCGGAUCACACGGACGCGCUCGGGCCGCACACAGACGAGCACAGCGCCGCGGACCCGAGCGCCACCGGCCAGGACGACGGGGAGCAAAAUGCCGAGAAUUCCGUGGAGAGAGUGUGGGGCUUUCCUUUAGUGGAGCUCUACGGCCUGGCUCUCAGAUUCUUUAAAGAAAAAGACGGAAAGGCCUUCCACCCGACGUACGAGGAGAAGCUGCGUCUGGUGGCGCUCCAUAAGCAGGUGUCUCAGGGGCCCUACAAUCCAGACGCCUCCCCUGAAGUGGGCUUCUUCGACGUGCUGGGAAAUGACCGCAGGAAAGAAUGGGCUUCGUUGGGGAACAUCGGGAGGGAAGAGGCCAUGGUGGAGUUUGUCAAGCUGUUAAAUAAAUGCUGCGUCCUGUUUGCGCCGUUCGUCGCGUCUCACAAGAUUGAAAAAGAGGAGCAAGAGAGGAAGAGGAAGGAGGAAGAGGAGCAGCGGCGUCGAGAGGAAGAGGAACGGGAGCGUCAGUUGCAGGAGGAGGAGCGGCGCCGGAGGGAGGACGAGGAGAGACUGAGGAGAGAAGAGGAACAGAGGAGGCAGGCGGAGGAGGAGAGACUCCGUGUGGAGCAGCAGAAGCAGCAGAUCAUGGCUGCGUUAAACGCACAGACGGUGGUGCAGUUCCAGCAGUACGCGGCGCAGCAGUACCCGGACAGUCCCGAACAGCAGCUCAUUCUCAUCAGGCAGCUGCAGGAACAGCACUACCAGCAGUACAUGCAGCAGCUCUACCAGGUGCAGCUGGCCCAGCAGCAGGCAGCGCUACAGAAGCAGCAGGAGGACGCUAUAGUUCUCUCGAAGUUCGAGGCCGGCGAGAUGUCGGCGUCCCCCACCGGCGACGAGGUUCCCACGGUGAACGGCCAGGCAGAGUCGUCCGUCGACGGCGUAGAUCGAGAGCCAGAGCUGGAGCCUGCGGAGGAGGUCACCGAGAACGGCCCAACAGACUCUCCCCCAGUGAUCGCGGCCCCCUCUAUGUGGACGCGGCCGCAGAUCAAAGACUUCAAGGAGAAGAUCCGGCAGGACGUGGACUCCGUGAUCACGGUAGGCCGAGGAGAAGUGGUCACGGUCAGGGUCCCCACCCACGAGGAGGGCUCGUACCUCUUCUGGGAAUUUGCUACAGACCACUACGACAUCGGGUUUGGCGUCCUCUUCGAGUGGACCGAUUCCACCAACGCCUCGGUCAGCGUGCACGUCAGCGAGUCCAGCGACGAAGACGAGGAUGAGGACGGUGAGAGGGAAAACUCUAUCGGUAUCUCAUAUGAGCCACCAAGCGAGGAGGAAAAGGCCAAGAAGGAGGCGGGGAAGCCUCAGGUGGACGAGAUCGUGCCGGUUUACCGGCGGGACUGCCACGAGGAGGUGUACGCAGGGAGUCACCAGUACCCCGGCCGUGGCAUCUACCUACUCAAAUUUGACAACUCGUACUCGCUCUGGAGGUCGAAGAGUGUCUAUUACAGAGUCUACUACACCAGAUAAGCCUGGGGUCAAGACUGUUGAGCAAGAGAGUGUGUGUGUGUGUGCGUGAGUGUGCAUGGGGUGCGUCUCAUGCUGUUGGCGUUUAGGAGGAUUGGCCUCUGAUGUAUCCGCGCCACCUCUGUUUUGCACUCUGAAAGGCGUGCUCUAGGAUCCCGUGCUUGUCGAUAGUAUUGUCUUCUGUUCACAGUGUGAUUUCUCCCCAGCCUCCAUGUCCUAAUGUCAUCCAAAGAGGUGCUUUGGCCACUAAGAGAGCUGUGUACGUUCAACGAAAUUGACCGGUUUACUUGAUCUUAUCAGAUAAAGAGUCUGGGAAGUAUGACAAAAAAAAAAAAAAAGAAAUAAAAGAAAAGUAGGCUUGCGAUAAUUAACGCUGCUUUUCUCCUUUUGUUUUUUUUCUUUAUUUGUUUUUUUUUUUUUUUUUUUGCCUGGACACAUGCUUUAAUUACCAUUAUCUUAUUUCCUAGAAAGUCAGCGUGAACUCCUGCGCCGCUCUACGUCGGGAUCCCCUCCGGAACCUUGUUUAUUAAAACUCGAUCGGGCCCGUGUCCGUCUGAUCGCUUGAAUAUUCGUCACGGCGUAGUAUUUUUCAGAAGCAAAGCCCAUCAUCUUAUCAGUGAAAGCCUGUCUCAGUGUCGUCUUUUCAUAUCGGUGCAUAUUCGUGACUGUUCAUGUGCCGCGUUACUGAAAAUAUAAAUAACGGAUGAUGAUGAUGAUGAUGAUGAUGAUGGUUACAUCACGAUUAGUCGCCGAACACUGGUUCGAAAACAACAAGACAGGCCUUUAUCUCGUGUAAGUUCAACUCCAGGACAAUAUAGCCGUGCAAAAUAUAAUCGUUGCUGACGGUUGACCAGAACACUAUAAUUCUCCCGCCGUUCAUCAUCGAAGAAGGGUUCGUCCUGGGGAGCGCUUACACACGGGACGUAUUAGCAGCAUACCAUACAAGCAGACAUGCGAAGUAGUAUAGAAUGGUUCAUUCUUAAGAAUAGUGCUAGACUAGAAACCACAAAUUCUGCUCUCUUCUUUAUCGGGUGCUCUUCUUUAAAGUUCAUUUCUGUUAACGUAAUCGUUCCCUGAUUUUAUCGAGGACAUUUUUUCUGGGUGGUUAUCAGUUGAAGACGUCGUUCACGUGCUGAUUUAUUGUAUUUUUUUUUUUUUUUUGCGCUGUUACUAUGCCUGCAUGUAGGCUAAUUUCUAUUCUAAUGAUAUUUUAGUAACGUUUAUCAUCAUCAUCAUCAUCUUGUGAACAGUAUGAGUGAAACACCAGCUCCUUUUAGUGGAAAUAAAUGUCGUCUGGCGUUCCUGAACACCGGUCCAGGUGGACGUAGAAACGCAGCGCUCCGUCUCUUCGGUGAUUACCGGAAUAUCUUCCGGCUGCCUACAUCUGUAAUAGUAAUAGUGCUUGACAGAUCGGAGUGAAGUACAGAUGUGGUCCAGCGACGUGUGCAAGCAGGGGCUGCUGGGACUAAAGAAACCAGUAAUACAUGACUUUUCUACUGACUGAAGGGUGAGGAUGAUGAUCAGGAUUACACUGGUGCAAAGGAGGAGGUGUGUUUUGCAGAAAAUGAUUAAAGUGGUUCGAGUGUGUGUGUGUGUGUGUGUGUGAGAAGCAUUUAAUAAAUAUUUAUUAAUCCGCCUGGUAGAUUAGGGUUCUUGAUGUAUCGACGUAUAACUUAUCUCCCAACUGUUCACUCUUCUGCUUCUGAACGAGCUUCUCGUCUCUCGACUGAACCAGUCACGGUCAUAUUUUGUUUUAUAUAUAUAUAUAUUUUUUUUGUUCGGGUUUCGGAAGUUCUGACUUUUCCUAUCGAGGCGUAACUCGCUGUUCAAACGCUCUACUUGGCUUUUUUUUUUUUUUUUUGGUUCUGUCGCCGUUACAUUUUAAUGUACAUAGUUCUAGAAAGCGACAUUAAAACCCAGAUUAUAAGUAAACUCAUGGUCUCUAUAUGUUACACGGACACCUCGUCAUGUCCGUUCCACACUAACCGUCUCGUGCGUCUUGUCGUAUUACCGUGGCUGCCAGACGAACGGCCGAAACCUUGACCGUUUGUUUGGAAAGCGUUCGCAGCGAGCCCUGCUGUGAACCCCGACCGUUACGUGCUCCGUGCUCUGAGCUGGCGUUUUUUGAAGAAGGCUUUCUUCAUCAUCAGGACUUUUUUCGCUUACGAUAUUCUUCACUGGUUGUUCGAUGGCACUACUCUAGCAAGUUCAGCUGAGAUGUGAAAUGUGAGUGGGGGGGGUUUUUUUUUUUUUUUCUUUUUUUCUUUCUUCUUUAUCUCCCCUUCCUAAAUCGUUAUCCCACGAAUCUGUGAAUAUAUUUAUGAUCGUGCACGUGACCACGCGCGCGGUCCUGUCCAGAGCCGCGAUGACGAGAGCCUGACGCGCAGCAGUCCGACACCGUCGUUAUAAUUGACGGUAAAAUGUGUACAGAUGUGAUUUUUUUUUUUUUAUUUAAUUUUUUUCUUUUUCAUUACCCCCCGCCCCCCUCCCCCUGUGUUUUUAUUUUCUAUGUGUUUAAUAAUGCGAGUCAGGCCUUUUUGUAAAGUGGAAUGUAACUGAGGGCUUGAUCGUGGACUAAGGACUUUGUGGUGAAAUGAUGGAAAUGUGGUAAAUAUCAUAUUGUACAUUUUUCUCCCAUUUGCAAAGUGAAAAUCAAUGUAAAUUUCAUACCAUGAACACAUGAAGUAACUUGAGAGGGGUUUUUUUUUUUUUUUUGUAUUGAUUUGACAUGAAUGAGUUCAGGGAUCACUUUCCCUGAGAAUUAUAUUUAAUCUUGAUUAAACCCGAGUUUAUCUGUA